CUUCCUUCCCUCCGCGCCCUGCCUCUGGCUACCAUUUCCCGCUGACGAUGGCAAUGAGCCUGCAGCCUGCAACCCCAAAGCAGGGACCUGGUUUUGGAAGGCGAGGGCGAGGUGCACCUGCUAGAGUGGUAACAGACCUUGAAGAGAAACACAAUGAGGACAUCUACCUGGAGUGUGAGCCAGAGCCACUCCCAGCCUUGACUAGAACUCCAAGCUCCAAAGUCCUGAUACCCCCAGUCCCUCUGCCAAGAACAUCUGGAUUACCCAAGUCCAUGGUUGCUCACUGGGAGUCUUGGAAGGGAACGGUGGAUACCCCAUUGAAAGGGUCUGCACUAAAUCGGGAAGCUGCCAGUGUGUGUCCCAAGAUCAGUUCUCAUUUGGAUGUCACGCAAGGACUGUCUGCAGGGCGGAGGCUGUCUGCUUCUUCUAUAGUCCCUGCCCAGAGCACCUCUGCUGUCGAGGAUGGGAGCCUCCGUGGUCAGCCUUGGUACUCAGGGAACUGUGACCGCCAAGCUGUGGAGAGAGCCCUGCUUCACUUCCAAAAGGUGGACAUCUGUGCACUCUUGGCCUUCUCUGAAAUCCCUUCUAUUCACUGCCCAUGGGCUGUGCUCCUCAAAGGCCGGGUCUUCAACAUUCCCAUCCGGCAACUGGAUGGUGGACACCACUAUGCCCUGGGCCGGGAGGGCAGGAAUCAUGAGGAGCUCUUCUCCUCCGUGGCUGCCAUGGUUCAGCACUACACCAAGCACCCACUGCCCCUCGUGGACAGACACAGCGGCAGCCGGGGAUUCACCUGCCUGCUCUUCCCCACCAAGCCCUGA